CAGAAAGUGUGUCAGAAAGCGCAUCGCAAUGCUCAUUAGACAAUGGAGUAAAUACUGUUUAAGUAACACUACCCUUUGUUCCUUAUAUGUCAAGCGAUGUGGUACCUUUUCACAGCAAUAUUCUGUUUCACAGCAUAUGGAACCCAUGCUUGCGUGAUGACAAGCCCAGACCAGAGGGUUGUUGUUGGAACAGAUGUCUGUUUGCUGUGUAAUUUCAAUCAAUGUCCUGGACAUCUGGACCUCAAGUCUCUUAAUGUGGAAUGGGAAUUUAAGCAGGGUAUCUCAUUUGAUCCUAAAAUAAUCUCCUACCAAAUUGGGAAUCAUACCGCAUCAACUCCUGGUCACCAUGUGCUGCAUCAGGGAAAUGUGAAGCUGGGGAGUUUUGAUAUUGUUCUCCAUUCAGUGACGCAUGAGAACAAUGGAACUUACAUGUGUAAAUUGCGGCGUGAUGGCGUUUUCUACAAGAAUUAUACACAGCUUAUUGUCCACUCAGCUCCAAUGACCAGAAGAAACACUCCAGGUGUUAACAAUGUGGAGACGCAUCCUCCCUGGUGGGUGGCAGUGGUUUCGGUGGCUGGAAUUGUGCUUCUCAUGGUUGCAGUGUUUUUUGGGAGGAGAACUUGCAGGUCCCCCCUCCAGAGAAAGGAUAUCUUAAGGCAAAAUAGAGCUGAGGAUGAAACCAGUGGUCAGACUGCUGACAUAAGAUACAAGGUCACAAACAAUUCUGCGCCUGUGGUUGACAUGGGGACUCAACCCAGCACCUCAAAUGCAGACAAUGUUUACGCUAUGGUCACAAACUGUUCUCCACCUAUUGUUGACAUGGACACUCAGUAUUUGCCAUCUUUUCUUCAGCUGAACACAGACAAUAUUCUCCAGAGAUAUUUCCCUUCACUCGCUGAUACCAACUAUUCUUUCCCCGGGCGACAAAUGGCCUGUAAAUCCAGCACUCAAAAUGCAGACAACAUCUAUGUUACAAUGCGUGGUUCCCCAUUGACUACAAAUGCUGCCGUCAAGCCAAACCGGAACCGACGUCCUCCUCCCUCUGACUUGAAGCCUGAUGACAAGGAACCUGUAUCUGCCCAUUGCCAUCAAUUUAUUUAGCAUCAUUUAGUGUAAAACUAAAUUACAGAUGAGUCAUGCGCAGAAUUUUUUUUAUACAUAGACAGUGAAAGCAAAUUGCACUUUUGAGAUUUAGUAAGAGUAUGCUAGCUACAUUAGCACAUGUCACCUAAGAAUACCUGCAAGGCAUUAGAAAAAAUAGUCGCAACUGCAUUAAAGAAAAUAGAAGCUAUUUCAUAAUAAUUGCAUAAGCAAAGUCAUAAUGUUGCCCAUAUGUUGCUUUAGUCACAGUGUAUUUAUAGGCAUCCUCAGGUCUCUGACAUUCAUAAAAUAAACCACAUAAUUGAUGGUAUCCCUGUAUAGUUUUUCCCACAAAUUAAAACAUGAAUAAAGCAAAUCAGUAUUGAUGUCCAUUUAUUACAUUUUUUGUAAGUGCCAUAUCUGCAUGUUGAUAUCAUUAUUAUUCAGCCGUCUUGAUGUCCUUUGUGAUCAUUAGUCAUGUGUCAACAGUGGUCAGUGCUGUUUAGAUUUUGUACAUCUUUGGGCAUCUUCAGCCACUCAAACUUACCUCUUUUUCUUCUCACCAGCAUUAAAUUGCUUCUUCUUCCAACAGGCCCACCCACGGUUUCUCUUUCUGAUAGGUUACCAAAGAAACCCACCUGCUGUCUUAGUUUUAUUACGUGGGAGCUUGUAUUUGCAGUAAUGCAGCAUUAUUAUUUACCGGUUAACCAUAAAACAUCCACCACCACCUGUAUGUUUUCCUUUAGCACUGCUCUUUCCACUGCACUUUGAUGUACACUGGAGAGAAGAUGGCGAGAUGCUCCAUCCAUCUGUUUUUGGUUUAGCUGCAACGGCCGCAUGAUAUUUUCUUUCUUCCUGAAUGAAGAAGGAAAUUCAGUUGAGAUGCAUGAUGACGUUUACACUUGU